UUUCAUAAUUCAUCACCCUGGGAGAAAUAUCCGUCGACAAUUUACUCUCUUCAUACCCUGUCCUAAGGAAACUGUCGCCACCGGAUUAUCGUCAUGUCUCAUCAACAAGCAACAGAAUCCCAGCCGAGUGUUGGUGAUUCCCUUCGACGAAACCGACUUCUAUUAGACAUCAAGGAACUCAUGGAAAAGCCUUACCCCAAUAUCGCUUUGCAUAUCAUCGAGGACGAUCUUACAGCGGCAUGUUUAGUCCUUACGCCUCCUGACUAUAAACCCUUGCACCUCACCAUGCAUUUUUCGUCUAUGUACCCUCUAGAUCCACCACGGGUCAAGAUGGACUCGGACGUUAACCAUCCUAAUGUCUAUCAUGAUUUCAUAUGUGCUACCAUUCUACGCCACGGCGCCGAGCAUACACCUGCAUAUACGCUCAAGGGCAUAUCUAUCCAGCUACUUAGCUUCUUCUCAAGCGACACCGUCGAGCAGGAACACGGGGGUGCGAAAAAGCAACUAUCCGGAUUCAAGGCUGUGGAUAGGAAUUUAAUUGACUCGUUCAGGUGCAAAUAUUGUCAUUUUGGCCAAGGCCAACCCAAACCAUCCCGGCCGGUAAGGUACAGAUCCCAGGCUUAUGAUGCCCGCGUGGAUAGCAAUCCAAGUCACUGGCCAACGCUCCAGAACACUGGGAAACAACUUCAAACCCAACAUUCCCACGUUGAUAUACAAGCACCUCUACCCAAGAAAGUUAUGACCUGCGAAAUCAACCGCCUACCCAACGAAUUGAUCCUACUUGUUCUGGAGCAGCUAGACUUUGAGCACUUGACAAGCUUUGCUGCGGCCUGGCCCAGGAUCAGCGACAUUAUCAAGGACUUCGAUAUUGUCAGACGGCGUGAGCUUCAAUGCUUUUGCCUCAAGCAGAAUUACCAGUUUGUGAACCUCGGCGUAGGUGUAUCAGUUGACCGUGGUCAAAUAGCUUCGGAAUUUGACCUCCUCUCCCGGGAAGCUUAUAGGUCCUGGAAUGUUCGCGAGUCCGUCAACAAUAUCCAUUUCGACCACUGGCUUCCUUUGCCUAUCUCGCCUGGGCAUUGGCAGCGGGUUAAGAAGUAUGUCAAAAUCUCUCUGGAAGCGAUGGUGCAAAAGAUCAAGAAUAAGGGGCCUUUUUCCGAAGCUCAAGUACUGUUCACGUUUAUGAAUGAUGUCGUUGUUCGACUCAAUCAAGUAACGGAAGCCACUGCCAAUCACCAUUCUCCAAAGACCAACCUUCGCCACGCGUCAGAGAAGGCUAUUGAUUCUUAUUUCCACCUAUUCCACUUAUUAGUAUGUCUUGCCACUGAGGAUUGCACGCUGGUUAAGCAUGCAAAUUAUUUACUGCAUAACUUCAUGAGUGGGAAGCGAUCCAAAGUAGAGUGUCCUAAUUUGGGGCAUCUACUCAUCGCCUUAUUGAUAUCUGACGUCGAGGUUACCGAAGGGCUUAUAAAAGCUAUCAUCAUCGAAGCAAUUACAAGAAAUGUGGUCUGGCUCUUCGACAAGAAAGGAGCCGACAUGCCCGAACUUUCAUAUCUAGAGCGGGACCCAGUAUCAGCUUACCGCUUGGAUCAGACUUUCCGAGGCUCUCGAACCUCUUAUCGGCUUCUAAUGUUCUCAGAGCUGUUCAGGCGCACCGCGCGGCCUUCCCACAAGAAACCCCUGAGCCAAGUUCGCGACGAGCUAUUCGACCGCCACGGUGCUCCUCCCUACAAUGCAGCCAAAGAACUAGCAGAGACAGUUCGACGCCUACACACUAUUAAUGAUUUCCCAGCUUUUCUCAGAGAAAUGGGCAUCCACAAGGUGCCAGAUGCCCAGACUUUCACCGACGUGCUACGGAAGACUGUUAAGUCUAGCAUAGAAAGAGGAUACUCUACAAUGGGGAUACCAAAUAAUUAUGCACUUUUGUUGCGGGUCAAGAAGGAGCCGCAUGUGUCGAUGACUGAUGAGGAGGCUGAAUGGCUGAAGGUGAAUGGGAACAUAGAUGGUACCAUAAUGUUGCGGAGCUUCUUCCCAAACAACAACCAUCCGCGAAACCAUCGAAACCAAACAAGCAGAUGAGCUAACAUACUGUGAC